AUGGUCAACGACCGGUGGAAGACCAUGGGCGGCGCUUCCCAACUUGAGGACGGACCGCGCGAGAAGCCGCAGGUGAGGAAACAGAGGCUCAGAGAGCGGCCAAGCUGCAGCUAUGUGCUGUGUACAGUGCUGCUCUCGCUGGCAGUGUUACUGGCUGUGGCUGUCACCGGCGCCGUGCUCUUCCUGAACCAUGCCCACACGCCGGGCACCGCCCCCCCACCCAUUGUCAGCACGGGACCAGCUGGGCCCAACAGCGCCCUGGUCACAGUGGAGAAGGCUGACAGCUCGCGCCUCAGCAUCCUCAUUGAUCCACGAUGCCCUGACCUCUCUGAUGGCUUCACCCGCCUGGAGGGGGCCCAGGCCUCGAUGCUACAAGCACUGACCGAGUACCAGGCUAGGCCCCGGCUGGCAGGUGAACAGGAGCGGGCACUUCUGGACACACUGGCUGACCAGUUGCCCCGGCUGCUGACCCGGGCCUCGGAGCUGCAAGCAGAGUGUGUGGGGCUACGGAAGGGUCACAGUACGCUGGGCCAGGGACUCAACACCCUGCAGAGCGAGCAGGGCCGCCUCAUUCAGCUUCUUUCUGAGAGUCAGGGCCACAUGGCUCACCUGGUCAACUCUGUCAGCGAAGUUCUGGAUGCUCUGGAUGCCCUGCAGAGGGAGCGGGGGCUGGGCCGAGCCCGAGCCAAGGCCGAUCUUCAGAGAGUACCAGUCAAGGGAGCCCGGCCCCGGGGCUGUGCCAGCGGCUCUCGGCCCCGUGACUGUCUGGACGUGCUCCAGAGUGGACAGCAGGAAGACGGCAUCUACUCAGUCUUUCCCAUCCACUACCCUGCGGGCUUCCAAGUCUACUGCGACAUGAGCACUCACGGGGGCGGCUGGACGGUAUUUCAGCGCCGGGAGGAUGGCUCGGUGAACUUCUUCCGUGGCUGGGAGGCAUACCGGGACGGCUUUGGCAAGCUCACGGGGGAGCACUGGUUAGGGCUCAAAAGGAUCCAUGCCCUGACCACACAGGCUGCUUAUGAGCUGCACGUGGACCUGCAGGACUUUGACAACAGCACGGCCUAUGCCCACUAUGGGAGCUUUGGCGUGGGCUUGUUCUCUGUGGACCCUGAGGAAGAUGGGUACCCACUAACUGUGGCUGAAUACUCGGGUACUGCAGGUGACUCCCUCUUGAAGCACAGCGGCAUGAGGUUUACCACCAAGGACCGAGACAGUGACCACUCAGAGAACAACUGCGCUGCCUUCUACCGUGGCGCCUGGUGGUACCGCAAUUGCCACACAUCCAACCUCAAUGGGCAGUACCUGCGUGGCGCUCACGCCUCCUACGCUGAUGGUAUCGAGUGGUCUUCCUGGACCGGCUGGCAAUAUUCGCUCAAGUUCUCCGAAAUGAAGAUCCGGCCGGUCCGGGAGGACAGCUAG